AUAAUCGUUUUAAACUUACUAUACAAUAGUGCUUACGUUAACACCCAUAACAAGUCAAGAAGUAAUUUGAAGACACAUAAACCUGCUAGAUGUUUCACAAAGAAAAAAGUAUCCAAAUAAAAAACAGCGCCUCCGCGCUGUACAAUAACCUGAGUGUGCUGCGCAUCGCGCCACGGAAACUCACCUACUUCACUGUGGUCCACGCAAAUGUGGUGAAUAUGGUGAGUGCAUCUUGGGACGGACUGAAUUACUCCCACCGCCAGCUACAAUCCAAGGAGCCUAAUGUGGCAACUAGCACAUCACUCAUUAUGCAGGCCUCGUUCUGUGUUUUACCUUCACGUGAGCUGCUUGUGGUGACCUCCCAGAAAGGCAUUCAGAUGUAUGAAUCUGAUGGUUCUAUAAUGGUGUACUGGCAUGCCCUUGACACACCUGAAACACCCACAGCCCAGGCAGUAUUUGCCAGAGGAAUUUCAGCAGUAUGGGAUAAUUACAUCUGCGUGGGUGUGUCAUCAGGGUCUAUAUUAGUAUUUGACAUUCCAAGUAAAGGCAGUAACAUCACAUUAUCGGAGGUCCUGGAAGAGCAUAAAGAGCCUAUCACUGACAUGGCUUCAGAGUGCUCUGGUAGCCAGGAGUGCAUAGCUGACAUGGUCAGUGCUGAUGAUGGAGGCAACCUGUGUCUGUGGAAAGCUGGCGAGGAGUUUCAUUUACUGAACAAGAUACCUGGUUUUGAUAUGACCUGCUCAUCUGUGAAGCUGUGGAAGGGCACUGUAGCUGCAGGUUAUGGCACAGGACAAAUCCGUUUGUAUGAGGCUGUCACUGGAAUUCUACAUGUGGAAAUUAAUGCUCAUGCUCGCUGGAUUAACUCUUUGGACAUUGCUCCAUUUUCUGGCUUACUUUUGUCUGCGGCUGAAGAUUCACUAGUGCGUGUGUGGCACAUGUCUUUAACUCCUGAAACCAACAGUGUUGAGGUGGCUCAUUUACAUAAUGAAUGUGUGACAGACACACAAAUCUGUGGUGCCCGUUUCUGUGACGACGAUGGUUAUGCCUUUGCAGUGACUGGCUACGACCUGAGUGAGAUCAUACGAUAUACACAGACAUAAAAUAAGCUUUUGUGAUCAUUGGGGUCCACUGUACUGAUGCAACAUGCUUGUCAU